UUCAGUUUUUUGUGGAAGUGAGAUGACUUUUUAGAAUUCUUAGUGGUCUUCUUCUUUAGGAGAACGUUUCUAGGGAAUAAUACAAGAAGCCCUAGGAACUAUACAACUUUGGAACGGGCAAACUCAGAAUGUUGCUGCAUGAAAACUCUGCAUCAGCUGAUGUUAGAAGAUGUUUUGUCCUCUUAAGUCCCUUCACUAUUGCUGUGGUCUCCAUCCUCAAUGCCUGUUUGAUUACCAGCUCUGUUGGAGGAACAGAUAAGGAGCUGAGACUAGCAGCUGGUGAAAACAAGUGUGCUGGAAGAGUGGAGGUGAAGGUCCAGGAGGAGUGGGGAACUGUAUGCACGAAUGGUUGGGACAUGGAUGAGGUGGCUGUGAUCUGCCGGCAGCUAGGAUGUCCAACUGCUAUCACAGCCACUGGAUGGGCUAAUUUCAGUGCAGGCACUGGACGCAUUUGGAUGGAUCAUGUUGCUUGUUGGGGGAAUGAAUCAGCUCUCUGGGACUGCAAACAUGAAGGAUGGGGAAAACAUAACUGCACUCACCAACAGGACGCUGGAGUAACCUGCUCAGAUGGAUCCAAUUUGGAGAUGAGGCUAAUGAAUGGAGGAAGCCGGUGUUCAGGAAGAAUAGAGGUCAAAUUCCAAGGACAGUGGGGAACAGUGUGUGAUGACAACUUCAACAUAGAUCAUGCCUCUGUGGUGUGUAAACAACUUGAAUGUGGAAGUGCUGUCAGUUUCUCUGGUUCAGCUAAUUUUGGGGAAGGUUCUGGACCAAUCUGGUUUGAUGAUCUUGUGUGCAGUGGAAAUGAGUCAGCUCUCUGGAACUGCAAACACGAAGGAUGGGGAAGGCAUAACUGUGAUCAUGCUGAGGACACUGGAGUGAUUUGCUUAGAUGGAGCAGAUCUGAACCUCAGACUGGUAGAUGGCGUCACUAAAUGUUCAGGAAGAUUAGAAGUGAAAUUCCAAGGAGAAUGGGGGACAGUGUGUGAUGAUGGCUGGGAUAGUAAUGAUGCUGCUGUGGCAUGUAAGCAACUGGAAUGUCCAACUGCCGUCACCGCCAUUGGCCGAGUUAAUGCCAGUGAGGGAACUGGACACAUUUGGCUUGACAGUGUUUCUUGCCAUGGACAUGAAUCUACUCUCUGGCAGUGUAAACACCAUGAAUGGGGAAAGCAUUAUUGCAAUCAUAAUGAAGAUGCUGGUGUGACAUGUUCUGAUGGAUCAGAUCUGGAGCUGAGACUUACUGGUGGAGGUAGCCGCUGUGCUGGGACAGCAGAGGUGGAAAUUCAGAAACUGGUGGGGAAAGUGUGUGACAGAAACUGGGGACUGAAAGGAGCUGAUGUGGUCUGCAGGCAGCUAGGAUGUGGGUCUGCACUCAAAACAUCCUAUCAAAGUUACUCCAAAGUUAAGGCAACAAACACAUGGCUGUUUAUAAGCAACUGUAAUGGAAAUGAAACUUCUCUUUGGGACUGCAAGAACUGGCAAUGGGGUGGACUUUCCUGUGAUCACUAUGAAGAAGCCAAAGUUACCUGCUCAGCCCACAGGGAACCCAGACUGGUUGGAGGGGACAUUCCCUGCUCUGGUCGUGUUGAAGUGAAGCAUGGUGACGCGUGGGGCUCCGUGUGUGAUUCUGACUUCUCCCUGGAAGCUGCCAGCGUGCUGUGCAGGGAAUUACACUGUGGCACCGUCAUCUCUAUCCUGGGAGGAGCUCACUUUGGAGAAGGAAAUGGACAUAUCUGGGCUGAAGAAUUCCAGUGUGAAGGACACGAGUCCCAUCUUUCUCUCUGCCCAGUAGCUCCGCGCCCAGACGGAACUUGUAGCCACAGCAGGGAUGUUGGAGUAGUCUGCUCAAGAUACACAGAAGUCCGCUUGGUGAAUGGCAAUUCCCCAUGUGAGGGGAGAGUGGAGCUUAAGACACUUGGCACCUGGGGUUCCCUAUGCAACUCUCACUGGGACAUGGAAGAUGCCCACGUUUUUUGUCAGCAGCUUAAGUGUGGAGUUGCCCUUUCCACCCCAGGAGGAGCACAUUUUGGGAAAGGAAGUGGUCAGGUCUGGAGGCACAUGUUUCACUGCACCGGGACUGAGUGGCACAUGGGAGAUUGUCCUGUGACAGUUCUGGGUGCUUCACUAUGCUCAGCAGGGCAAGUGGCCUCUGUAAUCUGCUCAGGAAACCAGAGUCACACGUUAUCCCUGUGCAAUUCAUCAUCUUCAGACCCAAAAAGCUCCACCAUUUCAGAAGAAAGUGCUGCUGGAUGCAUAGUCAGUGGUCAACUUCGCCUGGUGAAUGGAGGCGGUCGUUGUGCCGGGAGAGUAGAGAUCUACCAUGAGGGCCUCUGGGGCACUGUCUGUGAUGACAGUUGGGACCUGAGGGAUGCCCAUGUGGUGUGCAGACAGCUGGGCUGCGGACAGGCCAUUAAUGCCACGGGUUCUGCUUAUUUUGGGGAAGGAACGGGGUCCAUCUGGCUGGAUGAGAUGAACUGUAAUGGAAAAGAGUCUCGUAUUCGGCAGUGCAGUUCACAUGGCUGGGGGCGGCACAACUGCAGGCACAAGGAGGAUGCAGGAGUCAUCUGCUCAGAGUUCAUGUCUCUGAGGCUGACCAGUGAAACCAGCAGAGAGACCUGUUCGGGGCGCCUGGAAGUCUUUUACAACGGAGCUUGGGGCAGCGUUGGUAAGAGUAGCAUGUCCACAACCACUGUGGGGGUGGUCUGCAGGCAACUGGGCUGUGCGGACAAAGGGGACAUCAGCCCUGCAUCUUUGGACAAGACCACAUCCAGGUACAUGUGGGUGGACAAUGUUCAGUGUCCAAAAGGACCUGACACACUAUGGCAGUGUCCAUCAUCUCCAUGGAAGCAGAGACUGGCCAGCCCCUCAGAGGAAACCUGGAUCACAUGUGCCAACAAAAUAAGACUCCAAGAAGGAUCCACUAAUUGUUCCGGACGUGUGGAGAUCUGGCACGGAGGUUCCUGGGGCACAGUGUGCGAUGAUUCCUGGGACCUUGAAGAUGCUCACGUGGUAUGUCAGCAGCUGGGCUGCGGCUCAGCGUUGGAGGCACUCAAAGAGGCGGCGUUUGGUCAGGGCACUGGGCCCAUAUGGCUCAAUGAAGUGAAAUGCAAAGGGAAUGAGUCUUCCUUGUGGGAGUGUCCUGCCAGAUCCUGGGGCCACAGUGACUGUGGGCACAAAGAAGAUGCUGCUGUGAAGUGCUCAGAAAUUGCGAUGAGCAGAAGAUCAUCCAACGCCACAGGUCUCUCAUCUCGUGUUGCCUUCGGGGUCUUUGGGCUCCUUCUGCUGGCCUUUCUCAUCGCGCUCCUCUUGUGGAUUCAGAAGCGGCGACAGCGACAGCGGCUCACAGUUUCCUUGAGAGGAGAGAAUUCUGUCCACCAAAUUCAAUACCGGGAGAUGAAUUCUUCCCUGAAGGCAGAUGAUCUGGACCUGCUCAAUUCCUCAGGGGACCAUUCUGAAGUACACUGAGAAGGAAAAUGGGAAUUAUAACUCAGUGAGUUCAGCUUUUAAGACACCUUGAUGAAGACCUGGACUGUGUAGCAAGAAUCCACCUUGUUCACUGAAGACUACAGUACCAUCCUAUUUCUCUUACUGUUCCAAAGACUGCUGCUGAUUUUAUAAAAAAUAAAUUGGUGAAUGUGACUACUAAAAACUGUGUGUAAGACUUUCAAGGGAAUUUUAAAAAAGGAAUAUCGCUCAUUUGAA